GACGAGUCAAGUCAAGACAACUCAACCAAUUUUGACGAUGAAAGUUCUUGUGUGGGCUGCUGUAGUGCUUUGUGGUGUCUUCAGGGUUUCAAGUGGUGAUUCAGGUCCCCACGAACUUUCGAUUCAACAUGUGGUUCUCGAUUCCAUCAGAAGCAAUAUGAAAGAAGGAGUUCAAUCAAUGCAGUACAUUCAAGAAAGGAUAAGUUUCAUGCAACAUAAUAUUAAUGCUACGCUGGACGAUCUAAUGAUAACCGAUAGUAAAGAUACGUUAACGAUGGUAAUCAAGGAAAAACAAACAAAGUUGGAUAGUCUCGUUCAAGCUUGGACUGCAGAUACGGCUUCCUUUAUGAUAACUUUAAACUUGUGGUACAUAAACAUCCAAGCGAAGUUCAUCAACCAAACCCUUCCAUACCAAGUGCUCAGGUUCCACAUUCUAAAAACUUUCAUCGAGACAACUGCCAGCAACGACAUCGCAGAAAGAAAGUGUAGCCAGCGAAUGCUUUUCAACUUCGAAUCACUGGAAAGUAUUUUCUUGGAUAGCAUCAGCCAAAAGUAUUCGGCCUUAUCUGGUGCCUUCCGGGUGAUGUCCGAUACCAGUUUGGUGUAUUUGGAUCAAGUCGAGAGCGAUUUUCAGCGACAGUUGCGCCGCUUCAGUUCCACCGAGUAUGACCUGCAGGAUGUGUCACAAUAUUUUGACAUGGUUUAUGCCCGAGCUCUGAGUGGUGCCCAGGAUAUGUCGAUGGGAAUUACCAGUCAGUUGAGCAGACUGUUUGCGGAGCUGGAUACUGAGCUGGCCGCCUCAGUUUCGGGAGACUUUUUGCAGGAAGUGCAAAUGGUGAAGGACGCAAUGGUAAAAUGUAAAAAAUGA